AGGUGAAAAAUGGGCUAAAACAGUAAGUUUCAAUUUGACAUUGACAGGCAACCAUUUCCACAAACAUUAGAGUAGGAUAAACUAAGUGAAGGACGAAACGUACAUUCACCACUUCAAAUUGCAAAUUUUUCUUGAGCAGUAACAACACGUUAGGAUGUGGAGAGCAUCAAAGCUCUCAAGUUUUGUUGGACAAGGCAGACAGAUUGUUGGACUGCCUUCCAAAGACAUAAAACCGAGGCAGUUCAGAAAAAAUCUAUCAUGUUUGUUUGGCCUUCCACUACUUCCCACUGCAUCUCUACAAUGUGGCAGAUGUUUUGGAACCAGUUCUCUGCAGCUGGUCAGGAAGGGAGUAGGUUACACUGGGUUUACAGCAGGGCCUCGCUUCUCCAAAAAGACUUCAUUAUAUCUAGCCUCUAUGGCUUUAAUCACGAUUGGUUCCUUUUUGAGUUUCCAAGGUGAAUUUGGGUUCACUAAAUCGAAAGACAAAAGUGUGAACGCAGCAGAACCAGAAGCAGUGGGGGACUCAAAGGAAGAAGAGGAGGAAGAGGGGAGCAAGAAAAAGAAAAUUGGCUUUAGAGACAAAAGAAUUAUAGAAUAUGAGAAUAGAAUCCGAGCCUAUUCAACUCCUGAUAAGAUUUUUCGCUAUUUUGCUACACUGAAAGUUCACCAUGGUGAAGACAAGGGUUGGGAAAUAUAUAUGACUCCAGAAGAUUUUGUCCGUUCUAUCACGCCAGGAAUGAAGCAACCAGAGGGGCUGGAUCUGGACAGGUUUAUCAAGUUUGAUCCACAGAGAAAAAAAAUCUUAAGUGUUCCCAGGCUGUGUCGGCUUAAAGUGAACAGCAAAGUGGAGUGGAAUCUCGGAGAGGACAGUAUCUUCUAUCAAAUGGGAGAGAGUGGCCUCAUUUCUUUCUCUGAUUACAUCUUUCUGCUGACUGUUCUCUCUACACCACCUAGGAAUUUCCAGAUUGCAUUUCAAAUGUUUGACUUCAAUGGAGAUGGUGAAGUGGACAUUGAAGAAUUUGAAAAGGUGAAUGCCAUUAUAAGGAACCAGACUAGUAUUGGCAAACGUCACAAGGAUCAUGCUGUCACAGGCAGUGUUAAUAAAGGUGUUGGGUCCGUGCUCUUGACCUAUUUCUUUGGUCCAGAUGGUAAAAAGAAGCUUACUGUCAAAGAAUUUCUUACAUUCCAACAGAGACUUCAAAAUGAAGUAUUGCGUAUAGAGUUUGACCGAUAUGAUCCAUUGUAUGAAGAGAAAGGGAAGAUUUCAGAGAAAGACUUUGGUCGCAUUCUCCUGACCUAUGCAGGAUAUCCAGACCAGAAGAAAUCACGCAUGUUAAAGAGAGUCAAAAAGAAGUACAAGGAAGACCCUAAGGGUAUUACUUUUGACGAGUAUUUAAACUUCUGGAUGUUCCUGAAAAGCAUCAACGAUGUUGAUACUGCUCUCAGUUUUUACCACCUUGCUGGUGUGUCCAUCGAUGAAGAGACACUGAAGCAUGUAGCUGCAACUGUUGCUGGUGUCAGGCUGUCAGAUCAUGUGGUGGAGCUGGUCUUCACAUUGUUUGAUGAAAAUGGAGAUGGGCAAUUAAGCAAUAAAGAGUUUGUAUCUGUGAUGAAACAGAGAGUUAUGAGAGGACUAGAGAAACCAAAGGACACUGGCUUUGUGAAACUCAUUAAUUCAGUCUGGAAAUGUGCAAAGAACACCACUUCUGCCUUCCUGGACUGAAGAGCUGAUACAGAGGGAGAAAAGGCUCAGUGGCAGUAGGUGAUCCCAAUUCCAUUUUCAUUUUCUUGGAAUUUUCACCAAUCCUGUUGCACAAAAUAUAAAUUUGUGAUCCAAAGGAACCAAUGGUACUUUCUCUGUAUGAUAUAAUAUCCCUUUCUUUGGAUGAUGUACUCCUGGAACACACAGCUGACAUUAGUAAUUGGCCUGGAUAGGACUUUUAAUUUAUUGUAAGAUUGUGCCGAGUGCCUGAUUAUAUACCUGUGCCUGAAGUACACUUCUACCUGGUUUAUGUAUGUAAACAUUUUCAGACAUUAUUUGUACAUAUGUAUAUCUACAAUUUUUAGGUCACCUGAGUUUAUAUUGCAUCUGGUCAGUGUCCGUCUUCGUCCAUCAUGUGUUAACAAUUGAACAUUUUUAUCUUCUUUCUGAUAACUGCCAUUCCAAUUCUUUUCAAAUUUGAUAUUGAAGCAUCUUUGGAACAAGGGAGACAUAAAUUGUAAAUUUCAAGACUCCUGCACCCAUGGGGCCAUAGGGGGAGAUAUAAACUGCAAAACAUUGACCAAUAUCAAAAAAUCUUUUCCUCUAAAACUGCACAUUUGUAAGAAAAACUAAAUGUUUAGUCAUGUUGAGCAGGAAUGCCUCUAUCAAAAUUGUAGGUAGUCCUCUACUAAAAUUAUAAAUUUUGUGAUCCCAGUGGCAAGGGUUUUGAAACCAAAAUUUUUAUAGUGAUUAUUAUUUUUGUCAUUUGAAUGACUUCUUUAAGUUUGCAGAUAUGGUUUAUAGACAAAAUGCAUAUUUAGGAAAAGCAUAAAAGGAUGUACCAAAAUUGGGAAUUUCACAACCUCGGGAUUUUGACUCUAGGACAGGUCCAAAUUAAUCAUAUCAAGUUAUUGUUAUUAUGUAAAGUUUUUCAUCAUGACGGGUACUUUCUGAAGCAUUUAAGUUUUAAGAACAUGUCUUGUUUUAUACUGUUGCUGAAUAUUAUGAUUUAGCUUAGAUGUGCAGAGCAGGAUUUUUUUUCUUCUAGAUUUCAAAGGCCUUGGGGUAGUGAUACUUUUAACUAAUACUCAGGUGACCAAUAAUGCCUGUGGGCCUCUUGUAUUUUGUUGAUCUUCCUUCUGUUGGGAGGUUCCAAAGAUAUUCUUCUUAUCAUAAGUUAUUCUUACAUAUAGCAAAAUUGUUUGGACUGUCAAACUUGUUUCAUGCACUUGUAUCCAAUUAAAAUAUUCUGUAAUUAUGAA